CAACAUUCAAACAAGCGCUAAGACAUCAAAGGAUUAAUAAUUGAGUGUAUCAGAGCGGUUUACCCACAUCUCAACCGGUCGACAUUUCAAUAUUUUCCAAGCUAGAGCGGGCUCCCUUGGCCAAUCCUUUAAAGUGUCAACAAACACCCAAGGCAACAUAAAAAAAAAAAUAAAUACCAGUAAUGGACACAUUGCAUCCAGAUCAUGAGACUAAAAUGUACUCACAGGGCCAUGGCCAUUCGCAUUCACAUUCACAAUCACACAGUCACACCCAUGGACCCAAUGUGGAUGAUUAUCAUAUCAAUGACGCCUUCUACCCCAAUCCUCUUCGGGAUGAAUCAUCUCAUACGGCGAUGUUGGGAGGUCCAAGAGCCCCUAUACAAUCGUCGUCUCUGUCUUCUUCACCAUUAAUGAAACUAAUGGGGACACUCCCGCUACUCACUGCACUCCCUAGUAUCCUCAUAUCGGCUAGCAUAACGUUCAUGUGGUCUCCGCCAGAAAAAGUCCUACAAGCAUUAUCAUGGAGAUCUUUUGCAACAACUAUCCCCUUGCUGAUUCUUUUAGCUUCAAUAUUUCUCUUGAUUGCUAAAUUAUUUCUCAGAUUCAACAUUAUUUCUUCUGGGUCUCAAAAGGUUGCUGUGUCAUCUUCCUCAUCAGAUCCUUACGUUACUGGCUACCUAGUCUUGGGUGGUACCUUGGUGUAUUUAAGUACUCAUUUGUUGCCAACUUCCACUUUGGCGGUACUUUAUCUUGGCCUCUAUUUGAACCAUACCAACCCUUACACUCUUUUGGUACUCAUAUACGACUUGUAUACAGCUCAUGGCGAUUCGGAGUUGCCCAGAGUAAUCGAAGGUUAUCUUUGUGUCUUUGUUGCAUUUAGACUUUUAUCGGUAAAACUAUUCGUUAAUGGAUCGGCUGGUAAUAGCUUAUCCAAAUUAAAUAUCAAUAUCCUUUCAACGGGUAUUGUUUCAAGUUCAUUAGUGCUCUUAUUUGCAUACAUGGUCAUAAGUAACGUGUCUAUUGGAUAUGCCAUGUUGGGGGUUAAUUUGUGUGCCUCACUAGUGUUUUUGGUGUCUUUACAAGAUUGUCAUUUACACGUAUCAUACAUAAAUACCCUUUUCGUAUCUAUAUUGUCCACCUCUUUGGAAUAUAUUGUCCUUGGUCAAGAGGGAUUCACAGUGGGUAAAAUGUUCUUCACACUUCUUCCAGUGAUCAUCCAAGUGGAUGAAUCAUUAAUGAUUGCUGAAAUCACUUCCUCUUCAUCUUCAGCAGAUUCUGAUCAGGAUCCAAACUCCAAACAACAAUCUAUCAUGAAAGAUAUUUUGAGUCAUACCGAUACAAGAGCAAUCUUCAAUUUCCUUUUAUUGAACACAACUUUUAUGUUCAUUCAAUUGUUGUAUUCAUUCAGAUCUAAGUCUUUGGGUUUACUUUCAGACUCCUUACAUAUGGCCUUGGAUUGUACUUCCUUGGCUCUCGGUCUUGUUGCUGGAACCUUACUGAAAACUCCAAUUAAUCCAAAUGGGAAAUAUCCCUUUGGUCUUAAAAAUUUCGAAAUCUUGGCUGGAUUUACCAAUGGAACCUUAUUGGUGGGUAUUUCUGGUAGUAUCAUAUUCGAAGCCUUGGGACGUCUUUGGAAUCCUGUGGUCCUUCAAAAGACAAAUGAAUUGAUAGUUGUAUCAUUUCUUGGAUUGUUGGUGAAUUUGGUGGGGAUAUUUGCAUUUAAUCAUGGCCAUGACCAUGGAUCUUCCGGUCAUUCUCAUGGCCAUAGUCAUAGUCAUUCACAUUCACAUUCACAUUCACAUACACAUGGACAUGAAAAUGAAAAUGAAAAAGAUGAAAAGGACUCAUCAAUGAAUGAUAAUAUGAGGGGUAUCUUUCUUCAUAUCCUUGCCGAUACUCUUGGUUCUGUAGGAGUUGUCAUUUCUACAAUUCUUACCAAGAUGUUUCAUUGGAAUGGAUUUGAUCCAGUUGCUUCUAUGAUCAUUGCAAUUUUGAUCUUUUUAUCGGCUAUCCCACUUAUCAAGUCCACAGCUGGACAACUCUUAUUACUGACAAAUUCAGAAAAGGAAAAGGGUCUUCGGUCUGCAUUGAGUAAUAUCUCUGAAAUUAAAGGAGUUAAAUCUUAUACUACUCCCAGAUUCUGGCCAGUGAAUGAUUGCUUUGAACUUACAGGUUACAUUCAUAUUCAAAUCUAUAGAGGAGAAAAUGGGACAUAUAUCAAGAAGCAAUGUGAAAAAGUUUUCGGUGAAAAGAAUAUUCUGGUUUUAAUUCAACUUGAAAAUGAUUUUGAUGAUUGUUGGUGUAGGUCCAAUAGUGCAAUCAACCCUAUUUAGAGAGAUAAUUUAGGAGAAGAAAAUUAAUGAAUAAGUAAAAGGAAGAAAGUAAAAUGGCGAGAUUUUAAUUGUAAGAUCUAUAUGAGAUCAACUAUAUAUCUAUAUAUAUUAGAGAAUCAAUAUUACUUCUAUUGGGUUCCUUUGUAUUCAAUCUUCGAUGUGAAAGAGUGCAUGGAAGCAUCUACGAAUUUACCUUCGCACGCUCAUCACCAGCUUAAUAAUCAAAUGAUUAAGAUCAUCAUCAAGUCAUCGUAUUAAAAUCACUCAUAUAACAAC